AUGCCGUUGCAUCCUGACCGUCCGGGACUCAAGUGCCAUGUGUAUUGCAAUGGCUGGGCACUGGAAGAGUACGAUGCGCCGGCGCAUGACGCGGUGAAACCGUUGACGGUGGUCAAGUACAUUGUUGCCCAAGAAGAGGUGGAGUACCUUGCUCACGUUGAAUUCGUCGAGCCGUUCCCUCAUAAUACGGCCGUUACGGUUCGGACCUACGUUGACGGAAAGCCUUACUCGGGGACCGUGAUAAACAAACCGGCGGGAAAAUCGCUUUCUGCUCUCGGAUUUGAGUGGUUUAACGGUGUUGUUUGGAAGUUACGGAGGUUCAGGUUCGCCAGAACAUCUAUUGCAGAAAACGGACCAAGGCACUUGUCACCCACUCUUCGCAAGCAACUAAAUUCUGCCGGGACCAUAAGAGUAAAGCUAUCCUGGUUCAAGAAAACGGGAGAGUCCUCACCAUCGUCCAAGGAUGGGACGUUUGAUCUCAUGGGAGAUUUACCCAAGAAGGCUAUCCUCGAAGAUUAUAAAAGUCAUCAAACUCUCCUGGGGGAACCUGAGAGGUCGACUAAAGGAUGUAACUGCGUUUACCACGGUCAUUCUUUCAAAUGUGCAGUAUUUGAGUUUAGAUAUCGCUCCCAUUCCCAGAUCUUGGCUCUUGUCGGAAAUAUUCAAGAACAACAAUCUCGGCCUGGGUGGGAGCUUGAUCGAACUCAGCCUAACCUCACGCAAGCGCCCAUCGUCAAGCAGGAGCCCAGGAUCAAGCAAGAACCCAUCGUCAAAGAAGAGCCAAGCGGAGAUCUUGUAAUCGACCUAGUCUCAGAAGAUAAAGCGACAGAAGACCAGAAUCCAAAUGACAAAAUCUUGGUGAUUAUCUCGUCAGAUGAAGAGUCUAGUAGCGGCGAGGAAACCAACCUGAGCCAAGUGAAAGGGGCGAAGAAGAGCAUCGUAGUGAAGCAGGAGCGGAGCAAGGACGUAGAGGAGGGUGACGAUACCCGAGGGCGCCGGAGAAGCAAGCGGCUGGCGGCUGGAAAUGCAGUUCAGACGUAUUCCCAGACCCAUCCAUUAUGCAAGACUGAAUAUGCGGUAGACACCUCGAUCGAGACCCGUGGAGCUCAUCUGGUCAUGUCCAGUGUAUACAUGUCUUUGAUGUUCCAAAUGGUGUUCAUUUCGCUCUUGUGA